AUGCUGAACACCCGACAGGUAGAUAUUUAUUGGUCGAGAACAUUAUGCGCAUCCGCCCUCAUGCAGGUUCAGGUCAGCGACUACAUUGUUUCCUGCAUCGCGGCGGAGGACCAAAAUAGACGCAUGGCGGUCAACAAGACGCCCGCUCGACCCGUGACCACCGUUCUGGUACACCUGUUGUUUCUUGCUCGCCAACUGGCCAAACCGUAG